CACACACAGAUCAAAUUUCAAUAUGCUAAUAGCUCAAAAAAGGAGUAAAACAGGGACUCUGUGGAGCCUUGUGGCAUUUCGAGAAUGCAAAUUAACGCUCGAGAUGGGAUUCAAAUGAAUGAGGCUCCUGGCCAAAAUAGAAUAUUGAUGUUAUCCCCAACCAGACCAGUUAGCUGCCGACGUUGUGUGGUUAUCAAUAUGGCCAAUAUUCCAAUCCACAGCACAUCCGCACAUCAGCUGAGAUACAAAGAGCCACACUCGCAUAUUGUAUCUGCAUUUAUGAAAAUGCAAAGUACGGGGUCGGGGAAAACGCCAGCUGAAACUAUCAAAAUGCAUGCCAAGAGGCAAACAACAAAACCAUGCAACACGAGCUGCCGCAACAAGGCAAACAUGAAACCGAAACCGAAAACUGUAACUAAAACUGCGGCCAAAAUCACCUCCCAUGCCACCCACUCGAAUGCUUACUCCAGGCAGCCAAAACAUGCAGCAAAAAAGCGAGAACGGGCGAAAUUUGCAUGCAUAUUUACAAACUUUCGUUCGGAAAAGUCAGAAUAAUGGCAGUACAGUUAGAAAAGAUACCGUCAAAAAAAAUGGUUUAAAUUUUUUUUCUAAAAUUUUAAA